CGGUUUUCCACGUUUAGCGGUAAUCUGACACCCAAAAGUCUGAAGAAGGAUGGACUUUUAACUGCGCUGGUAGGACGGACGGAAGGAGCAGUCACUAGACGAAAGCAGAAGUGAACGUGGACUGUGCGUAAAAAAGCACCAUAGCGGGGGAGCGAAGGAGAGCUUGGAUGCCUCAAAUGAACCUAAAAAGACUGGCGUUACUUCUCAAAGGCGAAUGGGUGACUUUUGGGGGAGCUUUGUGAGGUGGAGAUGAUGAAGAAUUACAGCGGCAAUAGUCUUCACAACAACGGGCAGACUCCGAACCACAUCCGAGAGCGAAACGGGAGAAAGUGUAACAGCAGCGGGCUCCUCUCGGGCGCCGCGUCGCUCCGGGUCUCCCUGCGAGGAUAUGGUUUCUGCAUGGGCACGCUGUUCGUCUUCUGCCUCGGAUCGCUUCUCUACCAGCUCAACGGAGGACCCCCUCAGAUCCUGCUAGACAUCCGCCAGUAUCUCGGUGAAUCAACGUUUCAGGAUGACCACAAAUUCCUCACUCCCAGAGUGCUCACAUUUCCCACUCAGGUGGUGUAUAACCGUGUGGGGAAGUGUGGCAGUCGCACUGUGGUCAUGCUGCUGAAGCUGCUGGCAGAAAAACAUCACUUCAACCUGGUCUCAUCAGAGAUCCACAACAAGACUCGCCUCUCAAAACAUGAGCAGGUAGCACUCAUGAAGAACAUCACUUCAAUCCCAGAGCCAUUUCUUUACACAAGACAUGUUCACUUUCUCAACUUUACCAGUUUUAAAAUAGAGCAACCAGUUUAUUUCAACAUAAUUCGAGACCCAAUCAACCGCUUCCUAUCAAACUACUUCUUCAGAAGGUUUGGGGACUUCCGAGGAGAGCAGUUCCACCUCCUACGAACUCCCAAUAUGAAGGAUGAGGAGCGAUACUUGGACAUCAACGUGUGUAUCCUAGAGAAUUACCCGGAAUGCUCCAAUCCCAGGAUAUUCUAUAUUAUUCCCUAUUUCUGUGGACAGCAUCCAAAGUGCAGGGAGCCAGGAGUGUGGGCUUUGGAAAGGGCCAAACAGAACGUCAUGGAGAACUACCUUCUCGUUGGGAUUUUGGAGGAACUGGAAGAUGUCCUGCUCCUUUUAGAACGACUCUUACCACAAUACUUCUCAGGGGCCGUCGACAUCUACAAGGGUCCUGACUAUAUGAAGAUGGGGAAAUUGACGAGCACAGUGCGUAAAUACACCCCCACCCUGGAAGCUCUGCAGGUUCUGUAUCACCGCAUGAGUUAUGAGUAUGAGUUCUACAACUUCAUCCGAGACCAGUUUCACCUCCUGAAGAGGAAGAUCGGGCUCAAGUCCGAGGCUAGGCCUCCAGCCUACUCUCCGGAAUUCCUGCAUGAGCUGGCCAUACGAACGCCAGAGCCUCUGGAUGAAGACGAGGAGCUGGACAAUGCCUUAGAGGACGCUAACAGCUGGCCCAUCCAGAUGUGAGAAGUCAUGCCCUAAUAUCAGGAACAUGCCUUUGCUACAGAAAAGGGCUUGAAUCUUUGAGUGCUUUUGACUCCUUUAACAAGACUCGCCUCUAAAACCAGACAGACAAAAUUAUGGCGCUCAUGUGGAACUUGGCUGGAACUUAGUCCAGCUCAAAAAUCUCCAGGAGAGAUGAGGAUCACUGUGUGACAAGAGAGGAUGGACAGAUAACUGGAAUACCUGCUGUGGAUGAGGCUAAAUCCACUGUGUAACAUCUUUUCACUUGUUUUGGUAUCUUAAAAUAAUAUUAGGUACAAAUGAGGGUUAUCAAAAAGCACUCACUUAUGAAUUCAGAGAAUUCAAACCAUGUGUGUACGUAUGUGUGUGAAACAUGGCUAUACUAGCUGUUUGUUUUUUAUUCUUGGCAUAUUAAAUACAGCAUAAAACAUAAGUUAAUGCUAAUCCAAAGCUUCAAAUUUAACAACAAAGUUGCCAAAUACAAACCAACAGUAAAGAUUAUUACCCAAUGCACAACACAUUUUGUAGAACUUGCUCAGAAAACUUUGAAAAUACAAUCUAUAAUCACAUAUAAUAUAGGGUGAAUCUACAGAUCAACAGUAAUUCAUUUUUUUCUGGCAGCAUUUAAAACCAUAAGCUAAGUGACUUCAACAACUUUUUCCUGUACAUUGUUACUGUUCUGCCACAUGUUUAUGCCAUUUAAUUUAUUAUUUUGUAUUCACAUUCCACAGAAGAUUCUCAGGAAGAAACAUAGUAGUUGAAUAAUGAAAAAUGUUUUCGAUGGCUACAGUAUGACAAAAUAUUAGUGACAUACAAAUAUAAACAGUCCUCUCAACGAUUUUAAAAUAAAUGUCAUCUAUUUUUCUGCUUUACGGUUGCCUAUUUGUUUUAUCUUUCUGGUACUACACUUUCUCCAGUAUUGAACUGUUUUUGAUUAUGUGGCGUCAACUUAUGAUACAACACCGCCCUCUUGUGGUGAUUACAUCAACUUGCCCUUUUUCACUUACUCAUGAUAAGAACUACUGCAGAAGUCUGAGCCAGUUUGCCCCUCUCUUUUUUGCCUGAUCCUGAAAGCUAAGCAGGGUUGGGCCUCUUGCUGGGAUGGAAGACCGCUGUGAAUACCAGGUGUUUUUUAUACGGACAACUGGGCAUUGUUGCCGUUCCAUGUUGCAUGAAACCCACUUGUUUGUGUAAAUAAACAGCCUCACUUAAAAACUUAACUCUAUAUACAGUAUUUACCUUACAAAUAUGAAAUACAGUUGGAAUACUUAGAUAUAAUGACAGGACCAUCUGAUUUGGAUAAAACUUUCAGGUGUGUUCAUUUACUUAUAUACCCUGGCCAGCAACUGAUCCAUGCACUACAUUAAUUUACACACACACACAUCAGAUCAUUCAGUCAUUUUUAUGUCCACAAACAGAUAACCAGGUAACCUGGGUGAACUAUCUAUGACAACACCAAUUACCCAAUAGUAUGAUAAUCUGCAUAUUAUAAUAGUCAAAUCAUGUAAAAAGUGACCGUUCCUGAGGUUUUAAAAUACGUUCACUUCGUGUCACAGGAAAACAUGCAAAAGACCAACAUGCAACAUUUCCCUCCAAAUUUGAACAAAGAGGGUUUGUUCAGGAGCUGGGUGGUGCUCUGGGUGGGCAGUGGAUUACCUCCUCUCCACCAGCAAAUAGAAAGCUUUGAACAUCUACAAAGCCCUCGGUCAGCAUGCAAUUCCUUAGUGACAAAUAUUAUAUUAUUAUUUACACUUUUACACUACAAGGCACUACAAACCUCAUUACUCAAAAGACACACAUUGUUAUUCAGGCAGCACUACUUAAAAAUGAGACAUUAAUAGUAAUAGUAUCAAUGUGGGCUUUUUUUAUUUCAAUAAAGACAUUCAUAAAAAUGAACUAAACAUCAAUAUUUAUCCUUUAGAUAAAAAUAUAAUCUGUCACAGACCUGAGUACUAAUGUAAAGCAAUCCAGUUAAAAAAAAUUUAAUCACUGCCUUUGGUCCAAAAGUUUAUGAAUUGCUUCACCUGUUUACAAAAAACAGUACCUCUUUACUGCCAGCAUUAUUCAAAUGGACAUUCAAAAAGCAAUAAAAUAUAAUACAAUUGUUGUUUUGAUUGUAAGGCACAAGGUAGGAUUUUAAAGUAAGAAAAAUAUCAGUGAUGUGGUCAAGAUGAUCAACAUAGUAAUGCCAAGCUUGUUCCAACAGAACAAUGAUGUAUUGACCGUGGUAUGUUCACUGGAUGCUUGUUGUCUAAUUAUGAUGACUGACUCAACUUUUUUGGACUGAACAGCAAGAGAAAUAUGACAAGUACCAUCUUAAAA